GCAUACGUAUGACCAACACUGGAAGAGCUGAGCUCAUUGGGUCCAAAAUAUAAAAGCGGGCAGUAUCCGUAGACAUGCUCAAUGAGUCACUCACUCUCCCUCUAGCUUAUUCCCUACAUAUAUAUAUCAUCUGUCUAUUCUUCAGGUGAAGCAUAAACGGUAUUCACAAUUGCCGUGGUGAAUUGAUCAAGUGAGCUGAUCAUAGCAGGACUCGAAGCCACAGGUUCAGACCUGUCAUUCGUGGAACUUUGGGAGACUUUCAGAGAUCCAGCCAGCCGACGUCCUGACCUCCUCUGAUCGUCGUGACUUAGUUCCUAGGGCAGUCUGAUUCUUGCCUUCAAAUGUACGAUGGCUACAUUUUCCCGGUGAACAGAUUCCGAAGACUUCUCUCCACACAUCCAAGCAGCUGCAAGUUCCGUUUCGCAGCUGAUCUCGAUUACUUAGACCCAAGAACUCAGCUGGCUCUGUACGUGCCGUCACUGUGCGAAGAUGGCUAGACCGUCGACCAGCGUGAGGAGUACCUCUCUCAGACUGCUCUUGGGUGCUCUUCUAGCACAUCAGUUAUUAGUGCUCGUCGCUGCGGAUAUCAAAGGAGGCAUAAUUAGCCGAAAGGGUACUCAAUUCUUCGACGCGAACGGAAAUCCCUUCCUGGUGCAUGGCUGCAAUUUUUACUGGUUGAUGUACCAAGCAGCGGACCCGUCGUCUCGUAAUUUGGUCGACGAUGUGCUAGAGGACGCACAAAGGUUGGGACUCAACGUGGGACGUACGUGGGCUUUCGCUGAUGGUGGCUAUAGAGCUCUGCAAUUAUCUCCUGGAGUGUACGAUGAGACUGUCUUCCAGGCACUGGAUUAUGCCCUGGUACAAGCUCGGAAACACAACAUGAGACUCGUGUUGAGUCUGGUAAACAACUACGAGAAUUACGGAGGGAAACCACAAUACGCUCUCUGGGGGCGUCAGCGAGGCCAUCAUGUGCCCAACGAUGAUGCUUUCUACACGCACCCAGUACUUCGAACUUGGUACAAGAAUCACGUCAAGAGAGUCUUGACCAGAGUGAACACCAUCUCCGGAAUAGCAUACAAGGAUGAUCCCACCAUUUUCGCAUGGGAGCUCAUAAAUGAGCCUCGUUGCGAGACAGAUCCUUCAGGAAAUACAAUGGCGAAAUGGGUCAAGGAGAUGGCAGCUUAUGUCAAGUCGAUAGACAAGAAACAUAUGUUGGAAAUUGGCUUGGAAGGCUUCUACGGCCCGAAGCACGGAAUCAGCCGAAGGUGGGCCUACCCAUUCAACACCGACAACACUGGCACCGACUACAUUCGCUUGAACAAAAUCGCGAACAUCGACUACGCCACAGUCCAUUCCUACCCAGAUCUUUGGCUCACGUCUUGGAACAAUCCAGCCAAACUGAUAUUCCUGCGAAUCUGGACGAACAUCCACAUCCGAGAUGCAAAUAAGGUCCUGAAGAUGCCGAUCCUGUUCGGGGAGUUCGGCAAGAGCAAUCGCGUCAGUGGGUACGAGCCCGUGCAGCGGCAAGAAUUUUUCUGGACGGUGUACAACAGCGUGUACUCGUCCAUCGAGAGAGGCGGCGGAGGAGUCGGCUCCAUGCUCUGGCAGCUGCUUCCGAAGGGCAUGGAGUCGUGGGAUGAUGGAUUCGCUGUGUUUGCGAGCGAUCCCGCCACGUCCAACGUCAUCAACUCCCAAACCAUGCGCCUGGCCACGGUCUCCAAAGCUCUGAGGGAGGCCAGGAACGCAUCGUCCUCGACAUCAGGAUCAGCACGUGCUCGAAUCCGCAGUAAACUCGAAUCGGAACCACUAUCCUCCUCAUCAUCAGACACCCUGCCGUCUACCGACUUUCGGUAGGAGACUGUCGUGCCAGAGAGUAUGAUUCGCUCGAUGGUGUCGACUUCCCCAACAGUCCGAGCUAGGAGUUGUUCCUUCCGGUAAGGUGGCAUGCUCAAUUCCUACUUUCUUUCAGCUCUCCGUUGGCAGCACCAUAGCUCACCUUGAGUGAGAGCGCACAUGUACAAUACAGUUCACUCAAAAUUCUUUCAGCUUCUCUCUGGGACCAACCUCGUUGCCCUUCAAUCGAGAGAGCGCAGACACAGAGAUAUAUUCCCCCAGCUCUCCCUUGGCCUCCAAAUGUCAUAGCCGGAUGAGAGAGCGAACCCUAGACAAAAUGAUUGUAUAUCCCAGACAAGUCCCUGGCAACCCUGCAGCUCCCAUCGCCACUCAUCCUCGGCAAAGCCAGAGUCGAUUAGUGGACACAACCAUGGCGAUGGUGAAGCAGCAAACUCUGAACAGGCCUAUAGUCACAAUACUGGCAGAAUAGAGAGCCGGCUUAGAGUUCCAGUAUGGAUCCGCCCAAAUUAGGCCAACCAGUGCCAUUGAUACAACACGGUACAUAUUAUCUGCAGCCAGAUAUAACUUCAUAACCAAUCUUUAGCAACUAGUCCUGGUUGCAUAUAAUAAAUCAAUCCGAUCGACCCUCACUUCUACAGUACGGAGCCCAGUCAACCAUUUUGAAUAAAUAAGUGGCUCCAGAUCUAGAUUAUAUGAAAGGAAUUCGAGAGAUAUCAGUCGAUUUCGGAUUUAACUCUGAACAAAUUAUAGCAUAGAAUUCUACAAAAUUUGUAAGCUCGUCUGUUAAUUCGCAAUAACAGAUUCUCACCUUUGCUGUGAAAGAGUAAAGAUUUGUCAAUUAUAAUUACUCC